GAAAUUGUUUGGUGUGAGGGCGGUGAGCCCCUGGCCCAGGUUGCCCAGAGAAGCUGUGGCUGCCCCAUCCCUGGAGGGGUUCGAGGGCAGGUUGGAUGGGGCUUGGAGCAACCUGGGCUUGUUGAAGAUGUCCCUUCUCAUUGCAGGUGGGUUGGACUAGAUGACCUUUAAAGGUCCCAUCCAAACCGUUCCACCCCUCUGCCUGCAGCCAGGCAGGAUUUAGGAUGGAGGUGCAGGCAGGACAGCAGCCAAGGGCUGGAUGGGAAGCUCUCCCAGCCAUUUGCAUUUGCUUCCCCUUGCUCUGCGUGUCUCCGAUGAUUUCUUCUGAGCUCUUCAUAUAGAUUUGCUUGUUCAGCAGACGAGGAAGUGGGACAGAUCUCCCUGGCCCCAAAAGGAUGCCUGGAGCAGGGCAAAGGGAUGGGGCUGGUGGUGUGAGGAGGCUCAACAGGACCAACAGUCCCCGACGAGGGCUCACGCUGCAUCCUGCGACCUCAUCAGGGUGAGAUGUGAGGAUGGGACAUGGACCAGCCACCCACCCGCCGGUAUCCAGUGGUCUGUGUCAUCCCUGGGAUGUGGUGGCCGGGUGCGUCACACCGUCCCACUUCCCUCCCCAUGGCUGGGGGUGAUGGAGGUGCCCAGCUCAGCUCUUGCAAGCAGGGAAGUGACAGUCAGCGGGCACUGUGCCGAGCAUCAUUGCCCCAGGGUUGAUGGGGGGGAGGUUGGUGGCUUCUGUGUGACAGUGAAGAGUGGACAUUCCCACAGACGGGGAUGGGGACACAUCUCGGGGACGGGGACACAUCUCAGGGACGUUGCAGCCAGGCGCAGAAGAAGCGGGCGAGAAGGAAGAUGAUCGUUUCGUGCCCGGGCCGACGGCGGGUUGGCAAACAGGAAAUGUUUGAAGCAACCAGCAGAUGGGUCUGCAACGGCUGUCCUGUGAGGGUGACUCUUGGGCAAGAUGAUUCCGCCACUCUCGGAAGCGAUGACCAAGCCCUGGCACGUCCACGCGCCCGCAGGCACCCACCCCUCAGCAGAAACCCAGGAACUGUGGUCCCAGGGCCCAUUUGGCCUGGAGCUGAGGAAGAGACAGGGUGCCAGGACCAUUGGAGGAACCUCAUCAUGGAGUUACCUUCUUCCUGGUGGCCAGAACUCGUCUGAGAGAAUUGCGGAGUGGCAGCUUUGUAACGUUUGAUGUGCAAAUCUGGCGGAGAGGACUGGAGUUUGCAGCUCCGGGGUACCAAGGCUGUGCAAGGACUCUGCCCUCACCGGACCCCCCCGUGCCUGGUGAGCCCAGGAGAGAAAGGAGGAAGAUGGACCGACAUCCCAACAACACGAUCCCUGACUGGCGUACAGUGUCCCCAGCGCCUACGGAGAGCAUGGUCUAUGCGGAUGGCCACAAUGGGACCAGGUGCUUUGCAGAACACAUCCCUGAAGUCAUCACCGGUAGCAUCACGCUGCUCAUCUGCCUCUGCGGGCUGGUGGGGAAUGGGGCCAUCCUCUGGCUCCUCAGCUUCCGCAUCUGCAGGAACCCCUUCACCGCCUACCUCCUGAACCUGGCCGUCGCCGACACCUGCUUCCUCCUCUGCACAUCGGCUUUCCUUGUGAUAUAUCAUAUGCCCAUGCUCAGCUGCUUCCAGCCAGAGAUUUUGCGGGUGCUGCCGUUAUUUCACUCCAUGGUUCUGCUCACGUACAGCACCAGCCUCUAUCUCCUCACGGCCAUCAGUGUGGAGAGGUGCGUGUGUGUCCUCUGGCCCUUCUGGUGCCGAUGCCACCGCCCGAAGCUCCUGUCAGCAGUCACGUGCAGCCUGUUGUGGACGCUCGCCUGCGUCCUUGCCGGCCUGGUGUACUUUGUGUGUGACCUGGGUCACUCUCAACACUGCUGGACGGUUCUUGGAACCUUCUGCUUCCUCAAUUUCUGCUUUUUCACUCCCUUGAUGGUUCUUUCCAAUGUGAUCCUCUUCAUCAAGCUUAGGCGUAGCUCUUGGCAACACCGCCCGGCGAGGCUGUACACUGCCAUCUUCCUCGCUGUCUUCUUCUUCGUCCUCUUUGGCAUCCCGCUCAGCGUCCAGAUCUUCCUCAACUUCUUUGUCUACAUUAAUUUUGUCUUUGAGAUCUGCCUGUUGCUGGCCUCUCUCAACAGCAGCAUCAACCCAGUUAUUUAUGUCCUGGUUGGGAGCUACGGAAAUUCCAGGUUCAGGGGAUCCGUCAAAGUGGCACUUCAGAGGGUCUUUGAAGACAGGGCAGAUUUCCAAGAGGUGGGUGAGACCCCUGUGAUGGGAAAUGCUGAAUAAACCCCUGUGGCUGCAGACGGGCACCUGGAGAGGGGCAGCCCUGCCUCUGCACCCCGGGCCAGCACCCAUGGGAGCCCGCUUGCCCAGCUGAGUGAGCAGGACCAGCAGCGGAUGGUCGUGUGUCCCCCACGACACAUCCACACUCGA